AUUAAAAAAUUAUAGAAAUCUUAUCUCUAUUGUACUUCAGAUUUCAUGUCUCGCUAAUCCGUCCUCUUCAUCUUACUCUCUCACUAACAACGACGGAGACCUCGUUCCUAUCUACGCCAACAAAGUUGGUCCAUUUCUCAACCCCAGAUUCGUCCCUUUCUUCGAUCUCCUCUUCAUUCGAUCUCAUCCACCCCAAUGGCUUUGCCUUGCACAGAUCCACAUGCAUUCAUUUCAUUUGGAAGGCUGGUGAUUCAGUUUGAGGGGUGUUUUAGCUUUUCUUUCCCUUCUUCACGUUAAAAUUGGAUUUUUUUCUCAUUGGUGUUGAAGGGAAAGAGAACGAAAUUUCAAGCCAAACUUUGGUUAAACUCUGGCAAUUUUUCAUUCAAUUGUUUGUUUGAACAUAUUGGAAUUUGAAAAUGAGUAUGGUUUCCGGAGUCAUUUCCCGUCAAGUUCUGCCUGCUUGUGGCAGUCUUUGUUUCUUCUGCCCUACCAUGAGAGCCAGGUCCAGACAACCUGUCAAGAGGUACAAGAAGCUCAUCGCUGAGAUUUUCCCUCGUAAUCAGGAGGAAGGGGCGAAUGAUAGGAAAAUAGGAAAACUAUGUGAUUAUGCUGCCAAAAAUCUUUUACCCAUCCCAAAGAUUGUGAAUGCCCUUGAGCAAAGGUGUUACAAGGAGCUACGAAAUGAGAAUUUACAUUCAACAAAAAUAGUCAUGUGUAUUUACAAGAAAUUUCUGUUUUCUUGUAAAGAACAAAUGUUCAGUUUAUGGGCGAACACUCUCUCAUAUAUCAGUUGAGUUUGAUAAUGAAGCAGCCCCAUUGAUCCUGGGACUUGUCAUUGUGAUUUUCACAUCUAGCUAAAGCUUCUGUUCCCAAUAGUGUAUAGACCUGUCACAAAGUGUGAUUACUCAGAAAUUGUAAAUGAGUAAUUGAUGAGAAUGAGUGAUAUUUCGUAUAAAGCGUGACAUAAAACCUCCUCAUCUCAUCUCACCUUUUGUUUUUCCCAAAAGUGGUAGAACUAUUCAUAAGAAUGACAAAUGACAUGAUAGAUAGUUAUCGCAUCAACUAGACUACUCACAUCAAGUUUCCCAUCCUGCCUCGACUUUGUGUCAAUAAACACUUAAACUUUAAGUUACUGUUCACUUCAGCUUUA